GGAGAGCGCCCCAUUGGGCAGAGCGAUGGUCACGCCUGCGCGGCGGCGGCCCCUUAAAAGGCGCCGGGUUCCGUGGCUUUCGGUACUGGGCGGAUGGCCGGGUGGAGAGCUCUUCCAGCGCUGCUGCUGUUCUCGCUGCAGGUGACCCUGGCAACCAGCGAGACCCCCAGGGACUACAGCGAGCACGAAGCUCCCAGCGCCCGCCUCUCCGGGAAAGGCUGCCCGGCUGGCCAGUAUGUCAGCCAACCGAUGGCCGGGGACCACGGUGUCGCAGUGUGCAGGCCGUGUCAGCCUGGAACCUUCAGUCCCUACGCCAGCGAGGAGACCAGCUGCCUGCCCUGUGCCCAGUGCCGGAAGGAUCAGGAGGUGGUGACCGAGUGCUCCCCGACCAGAGACCGGCAGUGCCAGUGCAAGCAGGGCCACUUCUACUGCGACUCCAUGGACUGCGAGGAGAACUGCUUCCGGUGUCAGAGGUGUGAGCACAGCGCCGUCCUUCGACCCUGCAAUGCCACCAGGGACGCGGUUUGUGCCGACAGACCUCAUCCACAGCCGGGAAACUGGAGCACGUUGUUCAUCGUUCUGGGGGUCCUGGCCCUGUUCAUCCCCGGCCUCAUCAUGUUCUGCUGUAGAAGACGCAUCUUGCGGCUCCUCCAGUGGGUGGCUGGUCUCUGGAAAGGCAAUGAGAAUGAACAAGGCAGCUUGGCACAUAGAUGGAACCGGCCCUGCGAGAUGCUGCCGCUCAAAGACCCGGAGAAUGAUGAAGUUGCCUCUCUAGACGGGAGUAGCUCACUAUUGGUGAGGAAGGGCUCGGCCCUGACGCUGGAGGCCGGCACCCGCCCAGAGCCCUCCCAGGCCCCUGGGCAGAGCUGUGAGCUGCAGGAGGUGGUGGCCGAGGGAGGGCCAGCAGCCCCAGAGCGGAUGCAGCAGACGGAGGCUCCCGAGGCCCAGGGAGCCCAGGGCCAGGCGGAGGUGUCGGCCUCCCUGGAGCACCUGGAGCAGCCACCAAGAGGGUCUAUUGUGAGUUCGGACGUAAGGUUCCAGAAAGCAGCUGAAAGAUGUUUCAGGACUUAAUUGGACUUGAAGAAGACGACAAACACCCAGGGCCUUUGGAAGAGCUCCUUAGCGGAGGAGGGAGCAAGGGAGGGACGUUCCUAUUUGUAAACUCACGGCUGGCCUCCAUGUAAUGCAGCUGCAUGUAUAUUUGCAAAAUAUUGCCAGUGAUUUGGUUGCUGCUCAUACCUUACAUGGGCGUGCAGAGAUGCCCCAGUGAGCUCCACUGGGGGCCUGUCAGCAGGGUGCUGGAUGCCUAGGGUCCGAGCUGCCUUCACAGUCCUGAUCCCAUCCCAGAUGUACUUUGUUUUGUUUUGUUUUGUCUUUUGUCUUUCUAGGGCUACACCCAUGGCAUGUCGGGGUUUCUAGGCUAGGGGUCUAAUCAGAGCUGUUGCUGCCGGCCUCCUUUUCCCUUCUAUAGACUAUGGAGAUGGCUUCCUGUCAAGGCUUGCUUUCCUUCUAGUUUAGGCCAAUCCAUUCAGCCUCCACAGGGCAACUGGGAUGCGAGUACUAAUCACAAUUCCAGUCAAUCUGCUGCAUCUCUGCCGUGCUUGACUUUGUUUCAAGAAGCCCCAGCCCUAGCCCGUGUCCCAAACCCCAGGCUCAACAGGGCUGCUCCACGUUUCCUGGCGUCACACUGAAAUACUUGGUGGCUGGCUCCUGUUAGGGUCACUUUCAGGACAGUCCCCUCUGCAUAGAAUCCACUUCCCAUGGCCGCAUGUUCUCCUGGAAGCCUCCUUCCAACUGGUCCUUCCUCCCUGGCCCUUGGGAGGCCCCGUCUGACUGCCUGGCUGGAGCUAGCCUCCACACCACCUGUUGCAGUGCUGUCUUAAACAAAUAAGCUUGAGAUAACAUUCUUUAAAUAUACGUUUUUAUUAAUGUA